AUGCCGCAGACUUUACCACCAAAUGUACACGCAUCAACCCACCCAUGUCUUCAGGCCAAGCUAUCACAGCUCCGAGAUGUAUCCGCAAACACCAGGGAGACAAAGGCUCUGGUCCAUGACAUUUCGGUAAUUAUUGCAUGUGAGGCUCUUGCUUCUGGGCUGUCAACGAAAUCUGGGCCAGUUAGCAAGACUCCCCUUGGAUAUGAGUACACAACCACUACUAUCGCACCCUCUACAAUAUCUCUCAUUCCUAUUCUCCGUUCUGGUUUGGGGAUGCUCGAUGCCCUCCAAACUAUUCUACCCGAACCUGUCCCAGUCCAUCAUCUAGGUCUAUUCCGCGAGCCCACCACCCUUGAGCCUGUUGAGUACUACAACAACCUCCCCUACCACCGGCCCUCCGCCGGCACCCCUUCGGACGCCCCCAACGAAGGUGCCUCCGAACUUGCCAUCCUCCUCGAUCCCAUCAUUGCAACGGGAGGUACAUGUGCUGCUGCCAUCCAAACAUUGAAGGAAUGGGGCGUUAAGAGAGUAAUUGUAAUUGCGGUUUUGGGCGCAGCACCCGGCCUGGUUAAAGCUGCUAGUGAGUGGCCAGAGGGCGUCGACAUCUGGGUUGCGGGGGUGGAUGAGUCUGUUACUGAUAAGGGUAUGAUUAAACCUGGCUUGGGAGAUGUUGGAGAUAGGUUGUUUUUGACUAUUGGGAAGUAA